ACUAUUCCCCUUUCCUCCUCAAAAACCAAGCUCUCUCUCUACCCUCCACACUUCCCAAACCCUCCUAGUACGACGCCGUAUUUGAAAUGUCUAGCCACGGUGGAGUUUCGAUCGGUCGGGCUCGGGGCGAGAACCGGUUCUACAACCCGCCCCCGAUUCGAGAACGACAACAACUGCUCCAGAAACAGAAGCUGGAACAGGAGAAAAAACAGCAGCAACAACAACAGCUGUCCGUGUCGGUGGUGGUGGAGUCCGACGACUGUGCCACGUCGCACAGUUCCGGGUCGGGUCGGGAAGCCCUCAGCGAGGCCGCCAAUUUAGAUCGGUUCAUUGAGUUCACCACCCCAUUGGCUCGUGCUCAGUUUUUGCCCAAGACGAGUAGCAGGGGAUGGAGGAGUCAUCGGCCGGAGUCGCAUCCCUACUUUGUGCUUGGAGACUUAUGGGAGUCUUUCAAGGAGUGGAGUGCGUACGGCGCGGGUGUUCCUCUUCUGUUAAAUGGGAGUGACUCUGUCAUACAGUACUAUGUUCCGUAUUUGUCUGCCAUUCAGCUCUAUUUAGACCCAUCAAAGCCUCCCACAAGGAUAAGGAGGCAUGGUGAUGAUAGUGAUGCAGAGUCAUCGAGGGAGACAAGUAGUGAUGGCAGCAGUGAUUGUGGUGCAGAAAGAAGAACAAAUGGUGUUGUUGAUAAAACUUGGAGUUGGCAGAGUACUGCUGAUGUAAAUGGCCUUGGUUGUAAUAGAGUCUUACCAAGAGAUAAACCCUUAACUGGUUCUUCAAGUGAUGAAAGUGAGAUCUGCAACCCUCCAGGUCAGCUUGUAUUUCAGUAUAUGGAGCAUGAUCAACCGUUUGGCCGUGAACCUUUGGCUGAUAAGAUUCAAGUACUUGCAUCCCAAUUUCCAGAGCUGAGGACUUACAAGAGCUGUGAUUUAUCACCUUCUAGUUGGAUUUCUGUAGCAUGGUAUCCAAUAUAUCGGAUACCAACAGGUCCGACAUUACAGAGCUUGGAUGCUUGUUUCUUGACCUUUCACUCCCUGUCGACUCCCUUAAAAGGUACAAGCACUGAUAGGCUUCGUCCCAGCGGUGCACGACCUAGAGAGGUUCAAAAUGCCAGCUACAAACUCUUGUUGCCAACCUUUGGAUUGGCUUCCUACAAGUUUAAGGGUUCCUUUUGGAACCCAAAUGGAGUUUAUGAGUCUCAAAAGGUAAAUUCCCUAUUGCAAGCAGCUGAGAACUGGCUCAGGCUAUUGCAUGUUCAUCACCCUGAUUUUAACUUCUUUGUGUCGCACAAUACACUUCGAAGGUGAUGAGAGCUGGUGCUCGUCAGCUUUAAGUUAUCAUCCCAGUGCGUGACACGGGAUAUAAUCUACUUUUAAGGAUCGUAUUCACUGGCCCGUUUUUCAUGUUAGUGGUUGGAUAACAAUGUACGCACUCCUAUCCUUAAAUUAUGUAGAUUUGCAUCAAAGCAAAGUUGAGUGUGGUUGUGGCUUUUCUGAAGGCUCGAGAUGAAACUGUGAUUUAAAGGCCUUUUAUUGGGAAGUGUGUGAUUCAAAAUGGGCAUCAUGUAUUUUGGAUCAGGGAUUUUGAUGAGUACUCGUACUUUGUUUGCGAUUUCCAGCUUAAGAUGAUAUGAUCCUUCAGGGACAUGUCACUGGGUUUUUACUUUUAUUACUAUUUAGAUGAUGAAGAAAAAAGUUUGCUAGUUCUUGUACAUCUAUGAUCUAUGUAUAGGUGUUAUUCCUUUCGUACGUUUUACUCUUAUUGUACGAAUCGACAGAUAAAUUCAACAAGAAAAUCUUAUGUACCUUUCCUUC